GGCGCCGGGGCCUGGCGGGGCUGCCCGGGAGGCCGGGCCGCGGGCGGACGGCGACCAUGAACGGCGACCGGAGCGAGAGCGACUGGCAGGGGCUGGUGAGCGAGUACCUGGUAUGUAAGAGGAAGCUGGAGAGUAAAAAGGAGGCCCUGCUGAUCCUGUCCAAGGAGCUGGACACAUGCCAACAGGAAAGAGACCAGUACAAGCUCAUGGCCAAUCAGCUGCGGGAGCGCCACCAGUCCCUGAAGAAGAAGUACCGAGAGCUGAUUGAUGGCGAUCCAUCACUUCCACCUGAAAAGAGGAAACAGGCUAAUCUUGCACAACUACUGAGAGAUUCUCAGGACCAGAAUAAGCGUCUGGGAGAAGAAAUUAAAGAGCUUCAGCAAAGACUUGGAGAAGUACAGGGUGACAAUAAGCUCUUGAGGAUGACAAUCGCCAAACAGAGGCUGGGAGAUGAAGAUAUUGGCGUGCGGCACUUCGCGGCUCAUGAACGUGAAGACCUGGUUCAGCAGCUGGAGCGCGCCAAGGAGCAGAUCGAGACUCUGGAGCACGAUUUGCAGUCCUCCGUGGACGAGCUGCAGGAUGUGAAAGAAGAGCGAUCUUCCUACCAGGACAAAGUGGAGAGGCUGAACCAGGAGCUCAACCACAUUCUGGGUGGGCACGAGAACCGGAUCAUCGAUGUGGAUGCCCUGUGCAUGGAGAACAGGUACCUUCAAGAGCGAUUAAAGCAACUUCACGAGGAGGUCAACCUCUUGAAAUCGAACAUCGCCAAAUACAAGAGUGCUCUUGAGAGGCGGAAAAACUCCAAAGGCCAGAGUAAAUCCAACAGCAGCGCUUUGACCGGAGUCCUGUCAGCCAAGCAAGUUCAAGAUCUGUUAUCAGAGGGUCACGGAUGCAGCCUCCCGGCAACACCACAAUCCAUCUCGGACCUGAAAUCUCUGGCCACCGCCCUUCUGGAGACAAUCCACGAGAAAAACAUGGUCAUCCAGCAUCAGCGGCAGACCAACAAAAUUCUAGGGAAUCGAGUGGCCGAAUUGGAGAAAAAAUUAAGAACUCUGGAAGUUUCUGGUUUGUGGAGUCUUCCAGGCCUGAGCUACAAUGUUUCCGUGGGAUUUGGGAGGGGAAAGGACACCAUCCUGUUCAGUGACUCCACUCUUCCCACGCUACAGAGAUCCAGAUCCCCUCUCCUGAGGUUUGUUGAGCUGCCCACUGAGAAGAAAGCAAGUCCCAAGGACGGAGAGCUUCUGAGCCAAGAAGGAGAUGACAGCCGACCUGACUCGGAAGCAUUGGCGGUGUUGGAGGACUCUGGGAGGGCCGCUGGCCUCUCCCCAGGAAACCAGAACCAGGGGACCCCAGGUCAGCCAGUUCACCCACCCUUGCCCCCGCUGCCUUCCAAGACCGAAGCAGCCAACAGGUUGGCAGGGGAGGUCGUGCAAUUGGCUGAGGACCAGACAGAGGCAGACCCGGAAGAUGUCAGGAGUGAAAGUCUCCUGGAAAUUGCGGGGAAGGCGGUGGGGUUGCAAGCCCAGGGCCUGGCAUCCAAGGGGGAGCUUCCUGAAUCUGGACGCCCAGGAAGCUUCUGGAGCUCGGAGGCUCCUGAUGGCAUUCAGCUCAAUCCCUGCAGGCUCCUCUUCCCCACUGGCAAACUCAGCAAGCUAAAUGAGUGUCCCUCUCCUUGUCCCUCUCCUGUGACUCCCUCAUCAGCAUACCACCACCGCACCUCCAUGAGGGGAUAA